UAUAUAUAUCUAGAGAGAGAGAGAGAUAGAGAGAGGAGCUGAAAGAUGAUGAAAAGAAGUGUUAUUGCCUCGUCAAAGUAUAUAUAUGGUGGUUCUCUCCCUCUCCAGAAAGGUCCUCGUGAGUUUAAAACUUCUCUUAUUUUCUUCAUUGAUUAUACAUUUGCUAGCGACAAUUUAAGGGCUUCGUUUCAUUCCCAAACUGGUCAAGAUCAUAAACCACAUAGUACAAGUAGUCGAACCCAAUUCAAGACGUUUGUGCGAAAUCAAAGUGUAUCUGAUUUCACUAGCCUUGACGAUGCAGUCGCACUGUUCGAUCAAAUGUCUCAAAUGCGACCUCUUCCUUCGGUUGUGCGUUUUAAUCAAUUGUUGGGGGCCAUUGUGAAAAGGAAACAUUACAACACAGCAAUUUCUUUGCUUAAGCAAAUGGAAUCCUUAGAAAUGGCUGAGCCAGACGCUUAUACUCUGGGCAUCUUGCUCAAUUGUUACUGCCAUUUGAAUCGGGUCGAUUUGGGUUUCUCGGUUCUGGGGAGAAUCUUGAAGCUUGGCUAUGAAGUGAACUGCACAAAUCUCACCACUUUGAUGAGAGGACUCUGUAAUGAGGAUAAAAUAGGGCAGGCAGUAGAGUUGUUUAAUGACAUGGGGGCAAAAGGAUUUCGACCUGAUGCCGUUACUUGCGGAACGAUUAUAAAUGGGUUGUGCAAAACGGGGAACACUAACGCGGCUAUUGAGUUGGUUAAGAAGAUGGAAGAAAGAAAUUGGGCAACCAAUGUAAAUGUGUAUAACAUGAUCAUUGACAGUCUUUGCAAGGACAGACUGAUAGGUGAGGCAUUUCAAUUUUUUUCAGAAAUGAUCGGUAAAGGCAUUUCGCCGAAUGUUGUCACUUACAAUUCCUUAAUCCAUGCCCUAUGCAACUCAAACCAGUGGAAAGAGGCUACAAGAUUUUUGAAUGAAAUGGUGAACCAAAAUAUCAAACCAAAUGUAAUAACCUUCAAUAUGUUAGUGGAUGCACUUUGUAAUGAAGGGAAGGUUGCAGAAGCAGUAGAAAUAGUUGAAGUGAUGAUUCAAAGAGGUGUGGAGCCUAAUACAGUCACUUACAAUGCAUUGAUGGAUGGAUAUUGUAUGCAAAGCAAAUUUCAUGAGGCAAAGAAGAUACUUGAUUUGAUGGUUGGUAAGGGUUGUGCCCCUAAUGUUCGUAGCUAUAACAUCUUGAUUAAUGGAUAUUGUAAGAAGCCAAGAAUGGAUGAUGCUCUAAGACUUUUUCAUAAAAUUUCUCAGUUAGGAUUGGUUCCUAAUACUGUUACUUACACCACUCUUAUAAGUGGUUUCUGCAAAGUGGGAAAACCUCUAAGCGCGCAACAACUUCUGAAUGAGAUGCGAUCCCGUGGCCAACAUCCUAAUCUUAUGACGUACUCUACUUUGUUAGAUGGGUUGUGUAAGAACCAGUGUCUUGUUGAGGCAAUGGCCUUGUUUCAACACAUGGAGGAAAUUGCAUUGCAUCUAGAUAUUGUGGUUUACAACAUCCUCAUUGAUGGUAUGUGCAGGGCUGGAAACAUUAAAGCCGCAAGGGACCUCUUUUAUAGUCUUUCUUGCAAAAGGUUGCAACCUAAUGUUCGCACAUAUAAUAUUAUGAUCAAUGGACUCUGCAAGGAAGGGUUGUUAAGUGAAGCAAACAUAUUGCUCAAGAAAAUGGAAGAGAGUGGUUGCUCGCCAGAUGGUAUCACUUACAAUACAAUUGUCCAGGGAUUUCUUCGAAACAAUGAAACGUUAAAAGCAAUGCAACUUCUUCACGAAAUGGUUGAGAAGGGAUUCUCUACUAAUGCAGGUACUAUGACCCUGUUCAUGAAUUUAUCAAAUAACGGUGAAUUGGAUUAGUCAGUUUUGGAGAUGCUCAAGAAGUUUCUGUGAGCUCUAUUUGGUUUCCUCAUGUGAGUUGGAAGUUUCAUAAUUUGUUGUCCUUGCAGUGUGGCUAUAAGUAUGGCAUUUUGAUGGUUACAUCAUCAGUGUCUUCGUCAUGUUUUUGGGGUGAAAUUAUGAGGAGAAUAAGGAAGUUGACUUAGUGAAAACAAGCAAGGGUUUGUUUCUCUGAAAGAAAGCAUACUUGUUGCUGAAGCAUAUGGGAAUGGUGUUCCAAUAUAGAGAAGUUUCAAAGCUCUGAAGGCUACCAAACAACGUGUGCUUAUCUGCGCUGCCUUUUUUCUGUCGGGAUGUUUCAAGAAUGGCAUGUCAUAAACUUCAUUUUCCUUCCUUGUUUACAAUUUGUACAAUGAGGGUGUGCCAUGCCCUCCUUAUCCAUGUACCUAAUUGCUUGAUGUUAAUAUAUUC